GAGAUACUUUAUCGGGUACAGACCGAAUAGAGAGGGGAACCUGUUAAGGUAACGAUAUUUAAGAAGAGAGGAGUCACUGUCUUCCGGGAGAGCGUGAAAGAAAUUAGCUGGUGACCAGCGGCAAAGAUGAUUGACACGAACCGCGCUCUGCUCAAUGCCACUUGCAGAGCACUGAAUUCUACUCGCAAGGGAAAAGAGAGGGAGUACCUAUCUGUCGGUGGCUAUAUAGCCAGCUACAGAACCGAUCAUUUCAGUUUCAAAGUCUUCACUCAGGAUUUGCCCAUUUUUUCCCCUGGCAGUGUCCGGCAAGCCUGAGUUCCAUUCAUCGGUUCCGCUGUUACUUUCCACGGAUUCUCGCGAUGACGACGACAAACAACAUUUAGAAUCGUUCGCGCGCGCGAUACGGAUCUUUUAAAAAGAAUUAGAUAAGGAAAACCGCGCGUUCCUAGCCGUAUAAAUCCAUCUCGAAGUUUUGUUUACUGACACGAAAUCAGAACGAUGCAUUGGGAGACGCGCGAUAUCGCGGCGCACGAUUCGGCCGAGGGACAGUGAUUGUGUUCAGUGACGUCGGGGAUUUAUAGAAAUAUUAAAGGGGGCUGUUUCGAUUUCACGCUCGAGGUGUUCUUCAUUCUAGUGAUCGACGCGUUCGUUUCGAGUGGAGAUGCCGCCCCAGGAGAAGUUUGAGACACCUGUCCGAAUGGAUAAGGGCCACGAGAGCAACACGACCGCCUGCCAAAACUCAUUGAACUUGGAUGUGCCUGGGUCUAAUCAGAACACAAAAGAGAUGGACGAGACUAGGGACAUGGAUUUCGACGAUUUGUUGCCUUACGUCGGCGAGUUCGGACUUUACCAAAAGAUUCUGUUCAUUCUGAUGAUCCCCUUCGCUUCGUUCGUCGCCUGGGUCUAUUUCUCUCAGAUCUUCAUCACGCUGAUACCGGACGAGCAUUGGUGUUGGGUACCAGAACUCGAGAAUCUCACUGCCGACCAAAGGCUCUCACUGGCAGUACCGAUCACCAGAGAAGGUUAUUCAAGAUGCAGCAUGUACGAUGUAAAUUACACCGAGAUCCUGUUAAAUGGAAGUUACGCGCCGGACGCGUCGUGGCCAACAAAAGGUUGCCAUCACGGCUGGGAAUUUAAUUACUCCACCAUCCCUUAUGCAACUGUAGCAACUGAGUUAGGAUGGGUGUGCGAGUACAGCGCUUUGCCAACUACGGCGCAAAGUGUCUUCUUCAUCGGCGCUAUCUUUGGAGGAUUGAUUUUUGGUUGGAUAGCUGAUCAGUAUGGCAGGAUACCAGCUCUGAUCGGAGCUAAUAUGAUGGGAUUUAUAGCAGGUGUUGCAACAGCCUUUUCAAAUUCCUUCUGGCAGUUCACAUUGUGCCGAUUUUUUGUUGGAUUCGCCUUCGAUAAUUGCUUCACUAUGAUGUAUAUAUUAGUGCUGGAAUACGUGGGACCAAAAUGGAGGACAUUCGUGGCAAACAUGUCGAUAGCCAUGUUCUUCACGUUUGCGGCGUGCGUUUUACCCUGGAUCGCAUAUUUCUUAGCCGAUUGGCGAAUGACCUGUAUCGCGACAUCAGUUCCUCUCGUCUUAGCAAUAGUGACGCCAUGGUUGAUACCAGAGAGUGCUCGAUGGCUUGUGAGUCAAGGUCAAGUGGACAGGGCUAUCAAGAUCCUGGGAAAAUUUGAGCGAAUGAACGGCACAAAAGUGCCUGAUGACGUGUAUAAACGAUUUCGAGAAACUUGUGCCAGAAUAUGCAAAGAGGAAGAAGCAGAAAGAACGUACUCAGUGCUGGAUUUAUUUAGAUCUCCACGGUUACGAAACAUCACGAUCUUAUUUAUCAUUAUAUGGAUGGCGAUCUCUUUGGUAUUCGAUGGUCACGUACGAAACGUUGAUAACUUAGGUUUGAACGUCUUCGUGACAUUUACAAUUGCGGCAGCAACAGAACUACCUGCUGAUACGUUCCUUACAGUCGUGCUUGAUAGAUGGGGAAGAAGAUGGCUGGCAUGUGGCUCGUUGGUCAUUUCCGGAAUCUUCAGCAUCUGGGCUUGCGCUGUUUCCAAUAAUAUAUAUUCAGCUACGUUAGCUAUUCUGGGCCGAUUUUGGAUAAAUAUAUCCUAUAAUAUUGGACUUCAGUAUGCGGCGGAAGUGUUACCCACUGUUGUUAGAGCACAGGGUGUAGCCUUGAUACAUAUAAUGGGAUACGUCGCGAGCAUUUUGGCUCCCUUCGUCGUAUACCUCGAUGUGGUUUCAUCGAUUUUGCCUCUUCUACUAUUAGGCAUUAUUGGAAUCGCUGGAGGUCUUUUGACUCUGUUCCUACCGGAAACUCUGGACAAGGAUCUUCCGCAAACGUUACAAGAUGGCGAGAACUUCGGUAAAAAUCAGAAGAUGUGGGACUUCCCCUGUUUCUCGAGGAAAUCGGAAGCGGAGGAAACGCCACCGACCUUUAAAACCUUUUCUCGAGGUAGCGUGAGGAACUCGAUGAGGGCUUCCCUUCGUGGCGAAACCUUGAGGAGCAGCAUGAUACGAAGAUCGAGCGUUAGGUCGAGGGCGGAGAGCGCCAACCCAGGCACGGAAGUGGAAAGAUUAUAGCGAGACGUCCGCAGUGACGUCUCCGUCACUAUGAUCCCGAUCAAGAGAUCGGUUACCUUCGAAAGUCGUUUGGGACCAUCGUCGUCAGAAUUAUCAACGCGUGAACAACUUGUGUGAUCGUAGCUGACAACGUAUAGAUAAAAUUGUGACUAGCCAGCAGAUCUUUAUGCAAAAUCGAAAGGACACUGGGCAUUUUUACACAAGGUGUCCCAGGUUUAAAAUGACAAACUUUCUCAUUAUAUUUUAUGGGUCUGAAUAAGAGACAAAAGUUGUGGGUUGUUCGUUGUUUCAAAAGUGAUAAAAGUUUAACUUUUAUAGAAUUAUAAGAUAUUAAUGAUUUAUUCACUGAAAUGAAGCGAAAUGUAAGUAAAUUUUGCAUAAUAAAUUCCGUUUUGAUAUUAAAUAUUAGAGUGUCGUUAACAGUCUAAUCUUAGCACCAUGACAUUUAGAGUGUUAACGGAUAUUAAAUAUUAGUUGCAGUUAUGAAUUUAAUAGUAAAAUUAAUAUUAAUUGUAAUAGUUUCCUUGGAAUUCAGUAUUUUUGUUUGUAACUUUGACUAAACCUAUAAACAAUCCAUGUUUAUGCAACAUUUUUUUCUUAUUCAGGUGUAUAGAAUAUUAACAAAGUUUGGUGUCUUAAACUUGAGAUAUCCUUUAAUAUGAUUUCGAACAUGGGCAACAAGUGAAAUUUUGUAUUGUUGUUAGUAGUCUUCAAUAUAUGAUAAUACCGUAUAGAACCUUAUAAAAUAUGGGGUAAGUCCCUUGUUAAUGUCUUUAGUCGUUAUAACGAUUAACAAGAAUAAAUUGUGUAGUAAAAGAGGAGCCAGGUAUUAUUUAUAUUUAAAUAUUAUUAAUUUAUUUAAGAAACAUAUUUUUUAUAGAAAUAAAAAUUUGAAUCUUAUAUACCGUAUAAAUAAUCACGCUACAAAGAAGAAACGCAGAAAUUAAUUAAAAAUAAACAAAAUACAUUUCUACAAAUUCCCGAUAUUCAAUUAUGCUUAGAAUACAGAUUUCAAGUUAAUGAUUAUAAUUUUAUUUGUGUUCGCUCAUGGUCGAAAAUGCCCAUUCUCCUUUCAUGAAAUAAUUCCAAAAAAAGGGUUAAAAACAAAUUGAUCUUUUUUCUUAAGAAUUUUAAUAAACUGGAAAUAAAUUAACAGGGUUUUAUAUUCUUAUGAACAUUUUUUUACUUUAUUUUCUGUGCACUCAUAUUUGAUAUAAAUCCAUGAGAUCCGCUGUCUAUUUAUGACACAUCUAAUUUGAUUCUGUGCUACGAUUCAAUAGAAGCAUUGAAAAUAUUAAUUCUUUUGAUUCUUUACUCCACUCUUUAUGGCUAGCGUAGACAGAAGAUGAAUUGUAGGUGAUAAUUUUCUUGUACAAAGCCAUAUAUAUGAUAGUCAAAACUUUCCAGUGUUUAUUUAAUAUUAAAUUAUUAAAUAUGAUAUUUACUUAUAUUGAAUUAGGUAGCCCAUACACAUGGACUUCAUAUUAUAUCUAAAUAUUUAAUAUACAUAUUAAAAGCGCGAAAAUGUCGGAAGCUAGACAGUAUUGAUUAUAUUGUAAUUAUUAACCCCAGCAAAUAUUAUGGCAUUUCGAUAUUCUUAUUAUACUUAUGACUUAAUAAAUCAUUAUCUCGAAAUGCGUAAUAUUUUCUGGGGCACCAUAAUAUUAUAUUGCCUUAAAAAUCACGAUUCUCAAUAAUAAUACAUUAACUACAGAUUCAAUUUAUAAAAAAUACUUUUUACGUAAACUUUCAUGUAAGCUAAUUUUCAUAUUCUUCAAAUGUUAAGUAUAAGAAAAAUUUCUGAGCACUUACAUUUUUUUUACAAAACGAUACAGAUUUGGAGGAAAUUUAUGCCUAUUUCAUGAAAUAGAAAAUUUUUCCUAAGAUAUGCUCUCAUGUUCUGUUACAUGUAGUGUCUCUUUAAUAUUGAUCUUAUAUUGAUCAGGUAAUUAAAUCUUUGCAUGUACAACAAAUCAUAAGGAAAAAUACAGGUUUUGCCUCACAGGCUUUUAUUUAUUCCUUUAAUUCAGGCUCACAAGCACAGGAAAUUUUGAGAAUUUAUUAUAUACAGAAAAUGACGCAGUGCUUGUACAUAUAUAAAUAAGAGUAUAUGGUUUAUACAGAGAAAUAAUUUGCGUAAUAAUGAGGUGCGGCUAGCCGCUAUUUUAAAAUCUAAGGUAAUUAAGGAAAUCUAUUGUAAAUUUGUGAACCGUUUCGAUCGAACAUAACCGUCGUGUUCAACUAACAAGGAAAGGUAACGAACUUGGAAAUUCAAAAAAUCAUGAAAAAUUAUGAAUUUUCACAUCAAUCAUCUUCAAAAUCGAAAUUUUGAGAAAUUGUAUUUUGCAAUUUUAUACACGUAAAAGAGCAAUGUAUUUUUUCUUUAAACUUUCUUAGUUAUCUCAUUGUUUUCAAAAUAAUCCAAGAAAGAAACAUUUGUCAUUCUUUCAAGGAGUGGUGUCACUCCUUUAAAAUCAGCACGAAAAAAAUUGCAAUGUAUUAGGUUUGACUUACUCUAUUUACACAAGAAAUUUCAUAAUUUUUUGAAUUUUUGAGUUCGAUACCUUUCUUUUUAAGUUGACAUAGUUCCACAGAUUCUGUAUGCAUGUAUACAUGUAAAAAUGUAUUAUAUUGGUUAACAUUAGUAGCCCUUCGGAUUUUAUUAGACAUAAGUAUUACGCGAAAUAGAAUUUUUCAUGUUAUUGUAAGUAAUUCGCGACUACUUUUGUAAUAAAAGCCACGAAAACCAUUAAAGCAGUUCGAAAUUUUUCAAUCAUUUGUCCUUUGCUAGAGACGCAUACAAAUGAGGAUCAUCUUUAGGUCGGAUGACGCGCUUUUUUGACGUACUGAUAUCUUCUUAUCAUAUAUAAUUCCUAUUCAUGAAACAUUAACGGAACGUCUCGAUUGAAUAUACAUACUUACUUACGACCACAUCGCACCACUUUUAAAUUUUACGUCGACAUAUCAGGCAUACAUGCACGUGAAACAAAUUACUUAUAAUGUAUUGACUGCCGCGAUGGUGAUUGACCUUGUUAAAUUUUUUGAGAAUAAUUGUGAUGAUGUAAACGCUAUCUAAAACAAAUUCUUUAACAACGUUAAUAAUCAAUUUACCAGUUUGAAUUAAAGUGUGCACUAUUGGAUAAUUAAUAAUAGUUAUUUAACUAAUAAUUUUAAUUUAACUA